CAACGGGGUUAGUGUAGUAUCGAGCGCAUACAUUUCGAAGCCGCCAUGUCCAUCAACGAAGGUGAAGAACCAGUAACUAGGCAGCCGAUGGCCAUGGAGACCCCAGCGGCUGGCCGGCCGUUCGCGACACCUCUCAUGGGCUGCUGCGUUGGAGGAGCAAAAACGUGUUGCUAUGGCUUCUUUUGCUUACCUUGUAUGCUAUGUGGAAUUGCCAAACGACAACAGGAAAACAUAUGUACUCCAUGUUGUCCCGGUGGAGUGGUGGCAAUGAGAACAAAGAUGAGAGUUCAGUACGGAAUUGAGGGCUCCAUCAUGGGAGAUUGCUGUGUCGCCCAGUGUUGUUUGUGCUGUGCCACCUGCCAGAUGUCCCGAGAAGCGGACCAUGUGGGACUAUAGGCUACGAGUGUAGGUGAUAGAGCCCAUCUAAGACUGAUGUUGAGAACCAUCAUUAAUCACCUUACGCGGUCAAGACGCUAGAUGUGCAUAUCCUCCACAUGGACCCUUGUUCAUCUCGCUGAACAAUAUCAAAAGAGAUACAAGAUCAAAUUGUACAUGUGUUUAUUUCAUGUCCACAGUUGCAUUGAGAAAAUGAUGCAUUUACUCCUGAAAAGAUCUGAAAGAAUAUACUUGGCGAGCUCCAAUGCAAUCACAUCCCGCAACUUAGAAGCAUAAGACUGUCAUUCUCCUCAGGUUUGUUUUAGCGAUGACCAUCCAUCAGGAUGUGAUAAAGUUCUUGAGGUUUAGACUGUCAUAACUGAGGGAUCAUUUCUUUGUUAAUAUUUCUUUUUUGUCGCUUCGCAAUCGCGGGACAUUGCUUGCGUUUGUGGUUCGUCACGACUGUCAACCCUGUCAGCCCGCCAUGCGCACAGUUGGGUAUCAAAGUCCUUCUUUGGAUCAUACUCGUAACAAGAAUCAGUUGAUAUCUUUAUCAUCGGCACUAUGCAGUGUUCAUUUCUAUGAACCAGUGCCAGAUCAGACUGCUGUAAUGGAUCUCAAAUAAAUAGAUGCAUGUUAUUUUC